AAAUAGCAGACGGACUAUUGUGCUGUGUAACAUUAUUUAGCUUCCGUGUUAUUUUUAUUUAUUCGUGAGAAAAGAAAUAAAGAGAAGAGAAUAAUAUGAGAGCUGCAGAAGAAGACGAGGCGGAUGAUUACAUGUCCGACUCCUUUAUCAGCACAUUAAAAGACGUGCGACCAGGGAUUCCUUUAGCAAGGACUGUCAGAGAGUCCUAUCAAAAAGAAGAAAAGCAGAAAGAAAUUAAUCUGAAAAACAAACAGAAGAGUAUAAAAGAGGUAGAAAAAGAACAACGUGAUACAGUGCUCAAUGUGGCUCUGGGCAAUGAGAAUAAAGGGUUCGCAUUACUUCAGAAGAUGGGAUACAAGUCAGGUCAAGCACUUGGCAAAAAAGGAAAUGGUAUAGUCGAGCCUAUCCCUCUUAAUGUGAAAACAGGUCGCAGUGGUAUUGGUCACGAUGAACUAAAGAAAAGAAAAAGAGAAGAAGAUCUAGAAAACUAUAGGAGAAAAAUUCAUUCAAUGAAACACAACGAGGCAAAAGCAGCUGAAGACUUCAGAAUGAGAGUGAAAAACAAAAAGGAAGAAUUCAAGUUGGAAGGUGACCUUAAGAAGAGUCAGAGAGCUUGCCUGCAGCUAGACGAGCAGAAGAGUAUAAACUUCCCACGAGAGCCUUGGUAUUGGCCAGACACUUGUUCGAAUGAAGAAGAAGAAGAAGAAUCGGAUGAAGAUAUUGACAAAGGAGAGGAGUUAAGUACUCUAGAAAAGCUUCAAGUGCUCACUAGUUAUUUGAGAGGAGAGCAUUUCUACUGCAUCUGGUGUGGGACAACCUACCAAGAUGAAGAUGAUUUAUCCUCUUAUUGCCCAGGGGACACCUCAGAAGAUCAUGACUGAAAAAUAUCUGGAGCCAUGGAGAAUCCCACCCAUCUAUAACUCGGGUCAACUACAUGGGAUAUUCAAGCUGUCCUCUUUACAGACCAACAGAAUACAAAAUUGCCAUACAUUUUCCUAUUCAUCAUAUGGUGUUUGUAGAUGAACUGGCCAGAUGUGAUUUUUACCUUCUUAUUUAUUUGUUUAUGAAGUCCUCAUUUUAAAUAAACAUGGUCUUGCCCUGAUGCCAGGAACUAAUAACAAUGUCAACUGAUUUAUUAAAGGGAUGUUUAAUUUUGUUUAUACAUGCAUAGUAAAUACCAGCAAAUUAAGCAAUGUAUUGCAAAAUCUCUAGAUCAAUGUUGUUUUUUUUUUAGAAAAAUAAACUGUCACCUUGAUAGCAAAAA